GGUCGGUCGGUCAGAGGAGUUUAUUGGAGUCGGAGAGGAGAGGAAAGCAGGAGGAGACGACAGACCGCCGGGAAGACCCGCUCCGCCCGCCGCCCGCCGGAGAUGGCGAUGACCGUGGAAGGCUCGCUGGACUUGCGUGUAUGUUCUCCACCAGCGUUCUUUUGCAAAUCCUGGCAUGUGCUUUGUACAACAACUGGUGGCCUAUGUUAGCAGCACUCAUGUAUAUCAUUGUGCCAAUGCCAUGCCUGUUCUUUGGCGACGGAUCCACACGGUUCUUGAGUAGCGGAGAGGGUGGAGCGUGGAUGAAAGCAGCCAAGUUCCUGACCGGCAUGUCUGCCAUGGGAAGCCUCGCAAUCCCGGCGAUCCUGAGGCAUGCUGGCCUGAUCGAGACGGGGGCCAUGUUCAUCGAGUUCACGUCCUUCUUCAUCCUCGUGUGCACGGUGCUGUGCUUCCACAGGGCUACCCUGGACGAGGAGUGGUAAAGGCUCGCGCAAGACCACAAGGAGUGCCCGAGAGAAGAACGCCUGUUAGGAUGUGGAAAAGAAAUCCCUUGGCGGGAGGGAGCUAACGUGAAACUGUGUACAAAGAAGCGCGCUUGACUACUGUAUUUACGUAUACGCGUACCCGAGAUUUGGUAAUCUAGUUGGUAAUCCGUGCUGAACCGGUCGUGUAAAGCAUAUGAUCUGGCGCCGUUGAUGGACGCGAGGCAGUCUUUCUAUGGUUGGUUUGCCACUUGUGCAUCCAGAAUCUGCACUUGGAGAAUGGUAUGAACUAUUGGAUGGAAUGAAGUGACAAGAUUUUGUUUAGAUGUUGGACCUGAAGCUAAAGUUGCUCAGUUAUGUGUGCCCCAAUUUUUUGUUUGUUUGUGUGUGAUCUUUAGAGAACAUUCUUUGGUGUGAUAUUUGGAGAGCUUCUUUUUA